AUGUGCAACAAAAAAGUGCGUUGCUCUUUUUUCUUGCUGGUUUUAUUGCUUUUCGAUCCGAUUUUUGGGGCCAAAUUCAGAUUUGGUGCAUUUUUGGACGAGCCGCCUAAUCGACCGUAUCCCAUUCCGCUUUCUGGAGGAAAUUUCGAAGAUUCUAUUGACUCUGAAACACCGUGUUAUUCAAUAAAUUAUCCGGGGAGAUUGAUUCCGAGACUGGUGAUAUUUGUAAUUGAUCGGAAUGAGGAAAAAGAUGUGGUGAGUUGGGAAGAGGGUACUGUAGGAGUACUGUAGAUACAGUUAAAUUAGAAAAAUUAGAGAAAUUGGUUUCUGAAGAUUUGAGAAUACAGUAGUUUCGAAAAAGUUCUAGUUUUUAAAAAUCCUGAAAUCUCUUCAAAAAUCAUUGAUUUCAAUCCUGAAUUUUCCAGCUUGAUCCAGUUCAUCGAGUUUUCGAAGAAAUGGCAUGCCUUCUCCCAAAUUCUACAGAUAUUCAAAUAUUAUUCAUGGAUAUAUCCAAUUAUGUUUUGAAAACACCCAAAGGUUUCGAUCUUGGUCGAAUCGAACAUGCUCAAAAAUACUUUCGCAAAUUCGAAAAUCGCACCGAAGACAAAGACAAUAUUGAUCAAGUCACACUUUUGCAAAAAUCCAUGGAAAUGUUAGAUCAAAGUGGAAUUGUGGAUUAUUUUCCGAUUGUCAAAUUAAUUCAUUUGGAUAUUUCUGGGAAUUCGCGAUAUACUCAAAAGGGGAUUUUUGAAAAUAUGAUUUCUAAAUUUCCGAAAAUUGCAAAACUUGCCACAACUUCUGCAAUUCCAUUGAUUCAAAAGGUGGCAAAAACCGAAGAGGGAAAAUCGAUAAUUGGAUUUGGAAAAGAGAAAUUUGAGAAGAUUUCAUCAAAAACCAAAGGUACUGUACACUACUGUAGAUUGGAAUUUGUUGAUAGGAAAUUUCAAGAAUUAGUAUUUCUCUUCCGAAUUCCUAAAUUUGUUUUUUUUUCAGACAAAAUUCCUGAAAAACUUCAAAAUACGCUGAAGAAUAUGUGAGUUUUUUCCAUCCUCUUUUUUCAAAAAACUCAUUUUUUCAGCGCGACAGAAGUUGUGCCCGAAUUAUUGGCUGGAAAUGAAGGAGAAGCUGCCGCAAAUAUGGUGGCUUAUAUCAUUGAUAGAUCAGCAGAGGAAAGUGAAGCAGUUCAGAAAACAAUUGAAGAAAUUCAGAAAAUGAUAAUACCGAAAAGAGGACAACAAUCUACAAUUAUUGAUUUGAAUGAUGCUACAAAUAUAAUAACAUCUGCAGCUUCAGGAAAUUGGUUGGAUUUGACAAAAAAUGUAUUCAAAGUCGGAAAAAAGGUUGCAAAACAUCAAGGAUGGGAUAAAAAAGUGAAAAAUGGAAUGGAUAAAUUAAUCAAAUCUAAAUUUCCAAAAUUGGCCAAGAAAAUUGAUUGUAUAGUUCCACAAGUUGGUGAAAACGGCAAAAAGAUCAAGGAAAUUUUCGAUGAUUAUAUUUCAAAACAUCCGGAAAUUAAAGAUCUGAUUAGUUUUAAUGGUGUACCUUUGGAACAAAAAUUGGUAGAUGGUGGAAAAGUGGGAGUUGGUAUGAUUAUUGAUGGAAUAUUUGAAGAGAUCGAUCCGGAUUUGACUGAUGUUUCGGAUGGAGUGAAAAAUGUAUUGGGAAAAGUUAUUGAUGGAAUUCCGGGAUUGGUGAAAGAUGAUGGAUUCACAUAUGGUGGAAAUGACGGUGAGAUUUUUGAAGAAGGGAGUGUUUUGAUUUUCUGAAAAUUGAGAAAAAAAGUGCCACGUGACUACAAUUUUCUGUAAAAGUUUUUGAGCAAAGAACUUUUCCCGGAGUUUUCGGGAACUUCAGAAGGCUUUUAAAGAAAAGGUGUGAUUUCAAGAUUUUUAUUUUGAACUUUGGACAAAAAUUUCAAUUCCAGAUGUGAAAUUUAUCACAGAGAAUCUAUCUAGAAUUGUUAGCCUAAAAUUGAAAUCCUGGAUUUUUUAAAAACAAAAUCAGUCAAACUGAAAAAAUCGAAACUUUCGAAACUUCUUUCUAGGAACUAAAAACCCCCAAAAACUAAAAAGAAAACCACAAUGUGCACCAACAAAAGUCGAACAAGGAUUUAAUAUUGGGAAACAAUUGUUUGGAUUUGUUGUUGAUCGAGGAAAUGAUGAUGAUGUGGUAAGUUGAUGACGUGGCAGUUUUCAGCAAAAAUUUUCUGACUGUUAUUUUCAGACUGCCGCUAUUUUCUCAGCAAUCGAACAAAUCGCAUGUCUUAUUCCGGAUAACCAGGAUUUCAAAGCAACAAUUAUUGAUAUUACGAAAAAGAAAUAUGCAAAAUUGCCGAUGUCUUAUCAUGAAAUUGGAAAUCUGGGAAAAUCUUUGUUCGAAAAAUAUGGGAAAAGUGAGAAUUUCUUUUCCAGCUGGUUUUUACAUAUAAAAUUUCACUUUUUUCAGCCACUCUAACAAUCGAUGAUGUUUCAACUCGUUUCGAAAACGCAAUAAUGAAAUUUGCGAAUGGUGAAACUCCCAACCUAUUUGAUGCGAUAAAUAUUUUUGUUCCUGAUUUUCCGAAUGGUGGAAAUGCUGAAAAAUUGCAAGGGAUUUUUGAGAUGGUUAUGGAAGAUACAUUGCCGGAUUUGAUGGAUAAAAUUAAAUUCAACAGUAUUCCUUUGAAAUAUGGAAAAUUGCCGAGUGGAAAAGCGUCAAUUGGAAUGCCUGGAUUGGGGGAUAUUGGACCAAUUUGUGAGUUUUCACGUUACGAGGAAAACUAGUCAGGAGAAUCGCUAGAGAAACAUACAGUGUGUAAUUUAUUAUCAUAAAUUAUUCUCGUCCACAUUUCGCGCAGAAAAUGUUCGUGAAAAAAUUGAAAAUAAAUACAUUCAAACCUCCCGCGCAAUCGUGGUCAACGCGGAGUCUCGUUGUUUUCUUUUUAUUCUUUCGCAAACAUGUUCCAUUUUUUCAAACAAAAGUGACAAUUUGUUUAGAAUAACUACUUUUUCUGCGAAUAAAAAACAAUUGAAGAAUAAUCAAUACUAAAAUUUUCUUUUAAAUCACCGAUUCCAACCGAAAUUCCAAAAAUUUUCAGUGUCUAAAAUCCCUGCUCCUGUUAUCGAUGCUUUCGGAUCUAUGUAAGUUCCCCCCUCUUUCCACCUAAAUAAUCAAUUUUCUUGCAGUUUGGAAACGGCUGUCCCGGGAAUCACCACAUUUCUUCCUACUCCAAUCCCAAAUGUACCAAAAAUCCCAACAUUGCCAAAUGUUCCGAGUUUUCCUCAAAUACCCGGAUUACCCAAUUUCCCGCAAAUUCCGGAUUUUUUCGAUAUUCUUGGACUUCCCGAUCUGAACAAUAUUUUCAAACUUGAGCCGAUUAAUCGAGAAACUUCAGAGGAAUCGGAUCCGAAUUCGAAACCAGGUUACGAAUAUCCGCUGAAACGACCAAAACGACAAAUGAUUAGAAAACCGAGAGAUCGAAAAGCAAGAUGUCGAAAUGUGAAUAAAGAUUUGGAGAUUGGUGAAAUGUUGUUCGGUUUUAUUGUGGAUCGAGGAGCUGAUGAAGAUGUGGUAGGUUUUCCGAGCACCGCCAAGAAAAAACCCCGAAAAUAUCAUUCAUAUUUCUUUCAGACUGAAGCGCUUUUCACAGUGUUUCAAGAAUUUGCAUGCAUGCUACCUAGUAGCUCUUCGUUCAAAGGAACAAUUCUAGAUUUAUCGGAUACGAUAUCAAUAAAUGAUGCGCUAGUUAUCAAAGCUGUUGGAGAAACACCUGGAAAAUUGGCCGAAUUAGCCGGACAGAAAGCGAUUUCUCAAGAGGGUUUCGGAUCGAGAUUCACUAAAACUUUGGAAAAAUUAUUAAAAGGUGGAACACCGGAUCUUGUCGAUAAGAUACAUCUGAUUUCCGCCGAACUUCCGAAUGGUGUGGGUGUGGCUGCAUUAACCAAAGUUUUUCGAAAGGUCAUGCGAAAUUUUCCGCGACUCAAAAAGCGCGUAUCUUUGCAUAUAAUACGAUUCGAAUUUGUUGUGGAAGAAGAUGGAACUCUGAUUGUUAUAAUAUCAAACUGUGGAAAAAUUGAUGUGGAUUCAUCAUUUUUCUCGGAUUGUCAAAAAGAACCAUUAUAUGAUUUGUGAGUUUUUUAUUGUUGAUUUUCUAGGAAAUUGAAUGUUUUUUUGAAAUUUAGAAUUAAUGCGAUAGACAAGCGGAUUUUGGGAAGAGCUCGAAAACCUACGACUGCGAAACCAAACAACACUCCAAAACCUAUCCCCCCGGAAAAUGAAAAUAUAAAUAAAUGCAGAUCGAGAAAAACACCAGCUUUAGGAAUUGGAAGAACACUUUUUGCAAUAUUUAUUGAUCGGGGAAUUCAUCUGGAUUAUGUGAGUUUGAAAAAGAAACAUGUUAUUUAAAAGUUUAGGGCACAUUUAGUGUUAAUCCAUUUUUACUAAAUUUUGAGCAUUCGACUUUUCUGUUCAGAUCGAUUCGAUUUUCUUGGUUCUGAAACAAAUUGCUUGCCUGAUCCCAGAUGCUCCAGACACCGAAGGAACCAUUAUUGAUAUUACAAGUAAACAAACUGCUCGGAAAUCAAUUAUGAUUGAUCCGAUUCGGAAAUGGGGAUCAAAAUUAUUAACACAUCUUGAAAAUAAAAGUUUGUUUUUCGAAAAAAAAACUUGGGUCUCUAAUCGUGCUUUUGUUUACAGCAAGUCCAUCUCAAGAAAGUAUUCGAAGUAAAUUUUCAACUGGGUUUAUGGAAUUCAUCGCAAGAGUUGCCUCCAAGGAUUUUGACAAUAUCGAAAUUUUGAUAACAAGUUUGCCAGGAGAAGAAAAUUCGGAAUUUUGGAGAGAUGUUUUUGUUCAAUUGACUCGUACGACAGCUGAUGGAUAUAAAUAUAGAUUGAGACAUAUUCGAAUAGAAUUCACUUCCAAAACUGUAUGGAUUCCAAAAGGUGUCAAGAUCAAUAUCAAUGAAAAAUUCCCGGAAAAAUCAAUGGAGUAUUUGAGGAAAUUGUAAGUUUUGCUGAAAAUCAGAUACUUGAAAUUUCUUUUUUUGCAGUCUCGGAGAAAUUGACCCGAAAAUUGUGGAAGACGGUGAAAAAAAGAAAAGACGGUGUAAACCGAGAAAAACUGGGAUUUAUGAUAUUGGAAAGAAGGUUUUUGGAUUGGUUGUUGAUCGAGGAGCUGAUAGGGGAUUUGUAAGAAUUUUCCUAGUUUCGAAAAAAAACUAAAUUGAAAUUUUGAGUUUUUCAGACUCUGCCACUUUUUGAUGUAAUGGAAGAAGUUUCUUGUUUAUUACCAGAUGCACCGGAUUUGAAAGCUAUGGUUUUGGAUAUUUCAAAUAUGAAUCCAACUAUAAAUGUGGAUACAAUUGGAAAACUUGGACAAGCUUUGAAUGAUAUAAAAUAUAAAAAAUCAAUAUCGAAUAAGGAUAUUGCUGAUCGAUUUUUCAAUACGUUGCAAACUUUAAAUAAACGUGGAAUAUUCAAGGAAUUUAAAUGGAUUGAAAUAUUGAAUCCAAAUUUUCCAAAUGGUGGAUCUGGUGAUAAUUUCAAAAAAGUCUAUGAACAUUUUUUGAAAAUUAAUCCAAAUGUUGAGGAUAAAGUGAAGUUCCAUAAUAUUCCAUUGAACUUUGGAGUUUCGGCAAGUGGAAUACCGACGAUUGGAUUGCCUGGAGUUGGAGAUGUUGAUUUGAAUUGUGAGUUUCGUGAAAGUAAAAUAUAGAAAUUAUGGUAGUUUUUAGCACCAGAGUUGCCGGCGUAUUUGAAAGAGAAGAUCAAGGAAGCGUGAGUUUUCAAAAGAGGAAAAAGUAUUAAAAAAUAUAAAUUUUUUAGACUUCGAAGCAUUGAUCCAAAAAGGAAAACAGAACCACCGAAACUAAAACCGCCACCAGAGAGAACUUGCCAAUCAAUGGAUAUUGGACAAUUAGAAAUUGCCACAAAACUAAUUGGUGUAGUGUUGGAUCAAGGUUUCGUCGAGGAUAUCACUGAUGGGGUCUUGAGAAGUAUGGAAAAAGCUGUUUGCGAAAUUGCGAAUGCUCUUGAAAUCAGUGGAACUGUUAUUGAUAUAUCUGAUUUUGAUUCGAUCAAUAUUCCGCCGAAAAUUGGAAGUAUUUAUGAGUUGGGAGUGGAAAUAUGGAAAAGACAAGGAAAACGUUAGUUAAUACUGUGAAUAACACUUACAUAACCAUAAAUUUGGAUCAAUUUCAGGUACUAAUUCCCAAUUCGACGCUGGAACUCGAUUCUUCAAAGCUCUUGAAACAAUGGUGAAUGCAGGAAUAUUUGAUGGUUUUGCUACUGCCAACUUAUUUGUUCCAACAUUGCCUGGAUUUAAUGUGAUUGGUGAAAUGCUCAUAGAUGUUAAGGGAGUUCCAUAUAUCAAACCGGAACCAGGUGUACCAGAAAUUGGAGCAUUUUACACAGCGCUGGAAAAGAUUUUUCAAUGGAAACCACAUUUGAGACUGAAAAACAUCACGAUCAAUCAGGUUGGAUUCACGUUUAGUAUGAAUCCGCUGAUACUUACAUCAACCACUAUGGAAUCUACAACGACUACUAUUGAAGCCACAACGACAACUUCCAUAACGUGGACAGAUAAUUCAGAAAUUACGGAACGGCCUGAAGAUGGUAUCACUACGAUAUCUGGAGAAACAACAAACACAACUCCAUUGGGAAUGCCAACCACAACAACUCAAGAUGGAACUAUUGAAACAUCUGAAGAAUGUAUCAAUGAAACAACUCCGAUCGGAGGAAUAUAUCCACAUUCAACUGGAACAACCAAAUCAACAGGAAAAACUGAUUCAGGAACUCGAGGUAAAUUAUAAAAUGAAAUUAGAAAAUUAAAAUUAAUCUAACAUUUAUUUUUUUCAGGUCCAACUCCUUCAGGCCCUCGAGGUUCAACCAAUCCACCAGGAAAAACUGAUUCAGCAACUCGAGGUAAAUUAUAAAAUGAAAUUAGAAAAUUAAAAUUAAUCUAACAUUUAUUUUUUUCAGGUCCAACUCCUUCAGGACCUGAAGGUUCAACCAAUCCACCAGGAAAAACUGAUUCAGGAACUCGAGGUAAAUUAUAAAAUGAAAUUAGAAAAUUAAAAUUAAUCUAACAUUUUUUUUUUCCAGGUCCAACUCCUUCAGGAGGACCUGAAGGUUCAACCAAUCCACCAGGAAAAACUGAUUCAGCAACUCGAGGUAAAUUAUAAAAUGAAAUUCGAAAAUUUAAAAAAUCUAACAUUUAUUUUUUUCAGGUCCAACUCCUUCGGGAGGACCUGAAGGUUCAACCAAUCCACCAGGAAAAACUGAUUCAGGAACUCGAGGUAAAUUAUAAAAUGAAAUUCGAUAAUUUAAAAAAUCUAAUCAUUUAUUUUUUCCAGGUCCAACUCCUUCAGGACCUGAAGGUUCAACCAAUCCACCAGGAAAAACUGAUUCAGGAACUCGAGGUAAAUUAUAAAAUGAAAUUCGAUAAUUUAAAAAAUCUAAUCAUUUAUUUUUUCCAGGUCCAACUCCUUCAGGACCUGAAGGUUCAACCAAUCCACCAGGAAAAACUGAUUCAGGAACUCGAGGUAAAUUAUAAAAUGAAAUUCGAUAAUUUAAAAAAUCUAAUCAUUUAUUUUUUCCAGGUCCAACUCCUUCGGGAGGACCUGAAGGUUCAACCAAUCCACCAGGAAAAACUGAUUCAGCAACUCGAGGUAAAUUAUAAAAUGAAAUUCGAAAAUUUAAAAAAUCUAAUCAUUUAUUUUUUCCAGGUUCAACUCCUUCAGGAGGACCUAAAGGUUCAACCAAUCCACCAGGAAAAACUGAUUCAGGAACUCGAGGUAAAUUAUAAAAUGAAAUUCGAUAAUUUAAAAAAUCUAAUCAUUUAUUUUUUCCAGGUCCAACUCCUUCAGGACCUGAAGGUUCAACCAAUCCACCAGGAAAAACUGAUUCAGCAACUCGAGGUAAAUUAUAAAAUGAAAUUCGAUAAUUUAAAAAAUCUAAUCAUUUAUUUUUUUCAGGUCCAACUCCUUCGGGAGGACCUGAAGGUUCAACCAAUCCACCAGGAAAAACUGAUUCAGCAACUCGAGGUAAAUUAUAAAAUGAAAUUCGAAAAUUUAAAAAAUCUAACAUUUAUUUUUUCCAGGUUCAACUCCUUCAGGAGGACCUAAAGGUUCAACCAAUCCACCAGGAAAAACUGAUUCAGGAACUCGAGGUAAAUUAUAAAAUGAAAUUCGAUAAUUUAAAAAAUCUAACAUUUAUUUUUUCCAGGUCCAACUCCUUCGGGAGGACCUGAAGGUUCAACCAAUCCACCAGGAAAAACUGAUUCAGCAACUCGAGGUAAAUUAUAAAAUGAAAUUCGAUAAUUUAAAAAAUCUAACAUUUAUUUUUUUCAGGUCCAACUCCUUCGGGAGGACCUGAAGGUUCAACCAAUCCACCAGGAAAAACUGAUUCAGCAACUCGAGGUAAAUUAUAAAAUGAAAUUCGAUAAUUUAAAAAAUCUAACAUUUAUUUUUUCCAGGUCCAACUCCUUCAGGAGGACCUGAAGGUUCAACCAAUCCACCAGGAAAAACUGAUUCAGCAACUCGAGGUAAAUUAUAUAAUGAAAUUCGAUAAUUUAAAAAAUCUAACAUUUAUUUUUUUCAGGUCCAACUCCUUCGGGAGGACCUGAAGGUUCAACCAAUCCACCAGGAAAAACUGAUUCAGGAACUCGAGGUAAAUUAUAAAAUGAAAUUCGAAAAUUUAAAAAAUCUAACAUUUAUUUUUUCCAGGUCCAACUCCUUCAGGAGGACCUGAAGGUUCAACCAAUCCACCAGGAAAAACUGAUUCAGCAACUCGAGGUAAAUUAUAUAAUGAAAUUCGAUAAUUUAAAAAAUCUAAUCAUUUAUUUUUUCCAGGUCCAACUCCUUCAGGACCUGAAGGUUCAACCAAUCCACCAGGAAAAACUGAUUCAGGAACUCGAGGUAAAUUAUAAAAUGAAAUUCGAUAAUUUAAAAAAUCUAAUCAUUUAUUUUUUUCAGGUCCAACUCCUUCGGGAGGACCUGAAGGUUCAACCAAUCCACCAGGAAAAACUGAUUCAGGAACUCGAGGUAAAUUAUAAAAUGAAAUUCGAAAAUUUAAAAAAUCUAACAUUUAUUUUUUUCAGGUCCAACUCCUUCGGGAGGACCUGAAGGUUCAACCAAUCCACCAGGAAAAACUGAUUCAGCAACUCGAGGUAAAUUAUAUAAUGAAAUUCGAUAAUUUAAAAAAUCUAACAUUUAUUUUUUCCAGGUCCAACUCCUUCAGGACCUGAAGGUUCAACCAAUCCACCAGGAAAAACUGAUUCAGGAACUCGAGGUAAAUUAUAAAAUGAAAUUCGAUAAUUUAAAAAAUCUAACAUUUAUUUUUUUCAGGUCCAACUCCUUCGGGAGGACCUGAAGGUUCAACCAAUCCACCAGGAAAAACUGAUUCAGGAACUCGAGGUAAAUUAUAAAAUGAAAUUCGAAAAUUUAAAAAAUCUAACAUUUAUUUUUUUCAGGUCCAACUCCUUCGGGAGGACCUGAAGGUUCAACCAAUCCACCAGGAAAAACUGAUUCAGCAACUCGAGGUAAAUUAUAUAAUGAAAUUCGAUAAUUUAAAAAAUCUAAUCAUUUAUUUUUUCCAGGUCCAACUCCUUCAGGACCUGAAGGUUCAACCAAUCCACCAGGAAAAACUGAUUCAGGAACUCGAGGUAAAUUAUAAAAUGAAAUUCGAUAAUUUAAAAAAUCUAAUCAUUUAUUUUUUUCAGGUCCAACUCCUUCGGGAGGACCUGAAGGUUCAACCAAUCCACCAGGAAAAACUGAUUCAGGAACUCGAGGUAAAUUAUAAAAUGAAAUUCGAAAAUUUAAAAAAUCUAACAUUUAUUUUUUUCAGGUCCAACUCCUUCGGGAGGACCUGAAGGUUCAACCAAUCCACCAGGAAAAACUGAUUCAGCAACUCGAGGUAAAUUAUAUAAUGAAAUUCGAUAAUUUAAAAAAUCUAACAUUUAUUUUUUCCAGGUCCAACUCCUUCAGGACCUGAAGGUUCAACCAAUCCACCAGGAAAAACUGAUUCAGGAACUCGAGGUAAAUUAUAAAAUGAAAUUCGAUAAUUUAAAAAAUCUAACAUUUAUUUUUUCCAGGUCCAACUCCUUCGGGAGGACCUGAAGGUUCAACCAAUCCACCAGGAAAAACUGAUUCAGCAACUCGAGGUAAAUUAUAAAAUGAAAUUCGAUAAUUUAAAAAAUCUAAUAUUUAUUUUUUCCAGGUCCAACUCCUUCGGGAGGACCUGAAGGUUCAACCAAUCCACCAGGAAAAACUGAUUCAGCAACUCGAGGUAAAUUAUAAAAUGAAAUUCGAUAAUUUAAAAAAUCUAACAUUUAUUUUUUUCAGGUCCAACUCCUUCGGGAGGACCUGAAGGUUCAACCAAUCCACCAGGAAAAACUGAUUCAGCAACUCGAGGUAAAUUAUAAAAUGAAAUUCGAUAAUUUAAAAAAUCUAACAUUUAUUUUUUUCAGGUCCAACUCCUUCGGGAGGACCUGAAGGUUCAACCAAUCCACCAGGAAAAACUGAUUCAGCAACUCGAGGUAAAUUAUAAAAUGAAAUUCGAUAAUUUAAAAAAUCUAAUCAUUUAUUUUUUUCAGGUCCAACUCCUUCGGGAGGACCUGAAGGUUCAACCAAUCCACCAGGAAAAACUGAUUCAGCAACUCGAGGUAAAUUAUAAAAUGAAAUUCGAUAAUUUAAAAAAUCUAAUCAUUUAUUUUUUCCAGGUCCAACUCCUUCAGGAGGACCUGAAGGUUCAACCAAUCCACCAGGAAAAACUGAUUCAGCAACUCGAGGUAAAUUAUAAAAUGAAAUUCGAUAAUUUAAAAAAUCUAAUCAUUUAUUUUUUCCAGGUCCAACUCCUUCAGGAGGACCUGAAGGUUCAACCAAUCCACCAGGAAAAACUGAUUCAGGAACUCGAGGUAAAUUAUAAAAUGAAAUUAGAAAAUUAAAAUUAAUCUAACAUUUAUUUUUUUCAGGUCCAACUCCUUCAGGCCCUCGAGGUUCAACCAAUCCACCAGGAAAAACUGAUUCAGCAACUCGAGGUAAAUUAUAAAAUGAAAUUAGAAAAUUAAAAUUAAUCUAAUCAUUUAUUUUUUUCAGGUCCAACUCCUUCAGGACCUGAAGGUUCAACCAAUCCACCAGGAAAAACUGAUUCAGGAACUCGAGGUAAAUUAUAAAAUGAAAUUAGAAAAUUAAAAUUAAUCUAAUCAUUUUUUUUUCCAGGUCCAACUCCUUCAGGAGGACCUGAAGGUUCAACCAAUCCACCAGGAAAAACUGAUUCAGCAACUCGAGGUAAAUUAUAAAAUGAAAUUCGAAAAUUUAAAAAAUCUAACAUUUAUUUUUUUCAGGUCCAACUCCUUCGGGAGGACCUGAAGGUUCAACCAAUCCACCAGGAAAAACUGAUUCAGCAACUCGAGGUAAAUUAUAAAAUGAAAUUCGAUAAUUUAAAAAAUCUAACAUUUAUUUUUUCCAGGUCCAACUCCUUCGGGAGGACCUGAAGGUUCAACCAAUCCACCAGGAAAAACUGAUUCAGCAACUCGAGGUAAAUUAUAAAAUGAAAUUCGAUAAUUUAAAAAAUCUAACAUUUAUUUUUUCCAGGUCCAACUCCUUCGGGAGGACCUGAAGGUUCAACCAAUCCACCAGGAAAAACUGAUUCAGGAACUCGAGGUAAAUUAUAAAAUGAAAUUCGAAAAUUUAAAAAAUCUAACAUUUAUUUUUUCCAGGUCCAACUCCUUCAGGAGGACCUGAAGGUUCAACCAAUCCACCAGGAAAAACUGAUUCAGCAACUCGAGGUAAAUUAUAUAAUGAAAUUCGAUAAUUUAAAAAAUCUAACAUUUAUUUUUUCCAGGUCCAACUCCUUCAGGACCUGAAGGUUCAACCAAUCCACCAGGAAAAACUGAUUCAGCAACUCGAGGUAAAUUAUAUAAUGAAAUUCGAUAAUUUAAAAAAUCUAACAUUUAUUUUUUCCAGGUCCAACUCCUUCAGGACCUGAAGGUUCAACCAAUCCACCAGGAAAAACUGAUUCAGCAACUCGAGGUAAAUUAUAUAAUGAAAUUCGAUAAUUUAAAAAAUCUAACAUUUAUUUUUUCCAGGUCCAACUCCUUCAGGACCUGAAGGUUCAACCAAUCCACCAGGAAAAACUGAUUCAGCAACUCGAGGUAAAUUAUAAAAUGAAAUUCGAUAAUUUAAAAAAUCUAACAUUUAUUUUUUUCAGGUCCAACUCCUUCGGGAGGACCUGAAGGUUCAACCAAUCCACCAGGAAAAACUGAUUCAGCAACUCGAGGUAAAUUAUAAAAUGAAAUUCGAUAAUUUAAAAAAUCUAACAUUUAUUUUUUCCAGGUCCAACUCCUUCGGGAGGACCUGAAGGUUCAACCAAUCCACCAGGAAAAACUGAUUCAGCAACUCGAGGUAAAUUAUAAAAUGAAAUUCGAUAAUUUAAAAAAUCUAACAUUUAUUUUUUCCAGGUCCAACUCCUUCAGGACCUGAAGGUUCAACCAAUCCACCAGGAAAAACUGAUUCAGCAACUCGAGGUAAAUUAUAAAAUGAAAUUCGAUAAUUUAAAAAAUCUAACAUUUAUUUUUUCCAGGUCCAACUCCUUCGGGAGGACCUGAAGGUUCAACCAAUCCACCAGGAAAAACUGAUUCAGCAACUCGAGGUAAAUUAUAAAAUGAAAUUCGAUAAUUUAAAAAAUCUAACAUUUAUUUUUUCCAGGUCCAACUCCUUCAGGACCUGAAGGUUCAACCAAUCCACCAGGAAAAACUGAUUCAGCAACUCGAGGUAAAUUAUAAAAUGAAAUUCGAUAAUUUAAAAAAUCUAACAUUUAUUUUUUCCAGGUCCAACUCCUUCGGGAGGACCUGAAGGUUCAACCAAUCCACCAGGAAAAACUGAUUCAGCAACUCGAGGUAAAUUAUAAAAUGAAAUUCGAUAAUUUAAAAAAUCUAACAUUUAUUUUUUCCAGGUCCAACUCCUUCGGGAGGACCUGAAGGUUCAACCAAUCCACCAGGAAAAACUGAUUCAGCAACUCGAGGUAAAUUAUAAAAUGAAAUUCGAUAAUUUAAAAAAUCUAACAUUUAUUUUUUCCAGGUCCAACUCCUUCAGGACCUGAAGGUUCAACCAAUCCACCAGGAAAAACUGAUUCAGCAACUCGAGGUAAAUUAUAAAAUGAAAUUCGAUAAUUUAAAAAAUCUAACUUUUAUUUUUUCCAGGUCCAACUCCUUCGGGAGGACCUGAAGGUUCAACCAAUCCACCAGGAAAAACUGAUUCAGCAACUCGAGGUAAAUUAUAAAAUGAAAUUCGAUAAUUUAAAAAAUCUAAUCAUUUAUUUUUUCCAGGUCCAACUCCUUCAGGACCUGAAGGUUCAACCAAUCCACCAGGAAAAACUGAUUCAGGAACUCGAGGUAAAUUAUAAAAUGAAAUUCGAAAAUUUAAAAAAUCUAACAUUUAUUUUUUUCAGGUCCAACUCCUUCGGGAGGACCUGAAGGUUCAACCAAUCCACCAGGAAAAACUGAUUCAGCAACUCGAGGUAAAUUAUAAAAUGAAAUUCGAUAAUUUAAAAAAUCUAACAUUUAUUUUUUCCAGGUCCAACUCCUUCAGGACCUGAAGGUUCAACCAAUCCACCAGGAAAAACUGAUUCAGGAACUCGAGGUAAAUUAUAUAAUGAAAUUCGAUAAUUUAAAAAAUCUAACAUUUAUUUUUUCCAGGUCCAACUCCUUCAGGAGGACCUGAAGGUUCAACCAAUCCACCAGGAAAAACUGAUUCAGCAACUCGAGGUAAAUUAUAAAAUGAAAUUCGAUAAUUUAAAAAAUCUAACAUUUAUUUUUUUCAGGUUCAACUCCUUCAGGAGGACCUGAAGGUUCAACCAAUCCACCAGGAAAAACUGAUUCAGCAACUCGAGGUAAAUUAUAAAAUGAAAUUCGAUAAUUUAAAAAAUCUAACAUUUAUUUUUUCCAGGUCCAACUCCUUCAGGACCUGAAGGUUCAACCAAUCCACCAGGAAAAACUGAUUCAGCAACUCGAGGUAAAUUAUAAAAUGAAAUUCGAUAAUUUAAAAAAUCUAACAUUUAUUUUUUCCAGGUCCAACUCCUUCAGGACCUGAAGGUUCAACCAAUCCACCAGGAAAAACUGAUUCAGCAACUCGAGGUAAAUUAUAUAAUGAAAUUCGAUAAUUUAAAAAAUCUAACAUUUAUUUUUUCCAGGUCCAACUCCUUCAGGACCUGAAGGUUCAACCAAUCCACCAGGAAAAACUGAUUCAGCAACUCGAGGUAAAUUAUAAAAUGAAAUUCGAUAAUUUAAAAAAUCUAACAUUUAUUUUUUCCAGGUCCAACUCCUUCAGGACCUGAAGGUUCAACCAAUCCACCAGGAAAAACUGAUUCAGAAACUCGAGGUAAAUAAAAAAAUAAAAUUCGAAAAUUUAAAAAAUCUAAUCAUUUAUUUUUUUCAGGUCCAACUCCUUCGGGAGGACCUGAAGGUUCAACCAAUCCACCAGGAAAAACUGAUUCAGCAACUCGAGGUAAAUUAUAAAAUGAAAUUCGAAAAUUUAAAAAAUCUAAUCAUUUAUUUUUUUCAGGUCCAACUCCUUCGGGAGGACCUGAAGGUUCAACCAAUCCACCAGGAAAAACUGAUUCAGCAACUCGAGGUAAAUUAUAAAAUGAAAUUCGAAAAUUUAAAAAAUCUAACAUUUAUUUUUUCCAGGUCCAACUCCUUCAGGACCUGAAGGUUCAACCAAUCCACCAGGAAAAACUGAUUCAGCAACUCGAGGUAAAUUAGAAAAUUAAAAUUAAUCUAACAUUUAUUUUUUCCAGGUCCAACUCCUUCAGGAGGACCUGAAGGUUCAACCAAUCCACCAGGAAAAACUGAUUCAGCAACUCGAGGUAAAUUAUAAAAUGAAAUUAGAAAAUUAAAAUUAAUCUAACAUUUAUUUUUUCCAGGUCCAACUCCUUCAGGAGGACCUGAAGGUUCAACCAAUCCACCAGGAAAAACUGAUUCAGCAACUCGAGGUAAAUUAUAAAAUGAAAUUAGAAAAUUAAAAUUAAUCUAACAUUUAUUUUUUCAGGUCCAACUGCUUCAGGCCCUCGAGGUUCAACCAAUCCACCAGGAAAAACUGAUUCAGCAACUCGAGGUAAAUUAUAAAAUGAAAUUCGAAAAUUUAAAAAAUCUAAUCAUUUAUUUUUUCCAGGUCCAACUCCUUCAGGAGGACCUGAAGGUUCAACCAAUUCACCAGGAAAAACUGAUUCAGCAACUCGAGGUAAAUUAUAAAAUGAAAUUCGAAAAUUUAAAAAAUCUAACAUUUAUUUUUUCCAGGUCCAACUGCUUCAGGAGGACCUGAAGGUUCAACCAAUCCACCAGGAAAAACUGAUUCAGCAACUCGAGGUAAAUUAGAAAAUGAAAUUAGAAAAUUAAAAUUAAUCUAACAUUUAUUUUUUCCAGGUCCAACUCCUUCAGGAGGACCUGAAGGUUCAACCAAUCCACCAGGAAAAACUGAUUCAGCAACUCGAGGUAAAUUAUAAAAUGAAAUUAGAAAAUUUAAAAAAUUUAACAUUUAUUUUUUCCAGGUCCAACUCCUUCAGGAGGACCUGAAGGUUCAACCAAUCCACCAGGAAAAACUGAUUCAGCAACUCGAGGUAAAUUAUAAAAUGAAAUUCGAAAAUUUAAAAAAUCUAACAUUUAUUUUUUCCAGGUCCAACUGCUUCAGGCCCUCGAGGUUCAACCAAUCCACCAGGAAAAACUGAUUCAGCAACUCGAGGUAAAUUAUAAAAUGAAAUUAGAAAAUUAAAAUUAAUCUAACAUUUAUUUUUUCCAGGUCCAACUGCUUCAGGCCCUCGAGGUUCAACCAAUCCACCAGGAAAAACUGAUUCAGCAACUCGAGGUAAAUUCAUACAUGAACUGCCUCUCCGAAACCGGAGGGAGGGGGGGGUUAACUUUUGAAAAUUUUUUGUGGGGGGCCCUUAACUUUUCAAAAAUAAUUUGAAGAAAAAAAUCAGGGAAAAAUUUUGGAGAGAAAAUUUUUUUUUAGAAAAAAAAAUUUUUUAAAUUUUUUUUCAGAAAAUUUCAGAUGUCAACGAUGUGAUAUUUUUUUAAAAAUGCAUUUUAACUAUUGUUUAUUCAAUUUUUCAUAAUCUUGUUUCAAUUUAUUGCGCUUUCCUUCAAGUAACCCCCCUUCCUAGGUCCCGAAUGAGCAUUUUUAAGCAUUUUUGGGCAAUUUUCUUGAAUUUUCAUAUAAAUAUAUCAUCUAAUCGUUACUAAGCGCGAUUAAACUUGUUUUAAAUAUAGUUUAAUUCUCGUAGAUAAGAUAUAUAGCAACUCUUGUCGAUUUGGUGACGUUUCCUCUCUUCUACCCCCCCUCCGUAUGUUGACAACCAUCUUUUUUCACCAAAUUUCAGGUAUUUUGACAAAAAAAAAUCUCCUGAGAACACUAAAUGGAGAUUGAUUCGUGCUAAACACUAGUAAAUAAGUAUAGAAAGUUACCUCUAACAAUUAUUUGAAGUAUAAAUGCAAAUUACGACCUCUAUCCCCCCACUCCGUUUUCGGAGUCUCAGGCUCCGAAAACGGAGUGGGGGGAUAGAAGCUCCAUUUCUUCAUAAAACUUCAAAGAAUUGUUUGGCAUACCUUUCUAUACUUAUUUACUAGUGUUUAUCACGAAUCAAUGUCCUUAUGGUGGUUUCUGGCUGAUAUAAAUUUCGAAAAUACCUGAAAUUUGGUGAAAAAUGAUGGUUGUCAACAUACGGAGGGGGGGUAGAAGAAAGGAAACGUCACCAAAUCGACAAGAGUUGCUAUAUAUCUUAUCUACGAUAGAUAAACUACAUUUGAGACAAGUUUCACUUCGAUUGAUUUAGUGGAACAUGAAAUAUUGAGAAUUUAAAAAAUUUCAAAAGAAAAAUAAUAAAAAACAAAAAUCAUACACAUAGGUGGAAUCGAACUGGCGACCUUCCUACUCAAAAACCCACGUGUUAGCCAGUACACCAAGAACGCGAUGAAGACACCAGCGGCGAAAGUUCAUGAUAAAGAAAGUUUGGCGCCGUAAAAUUUAAAAAUGUGGCGGAGGCAAAUAUAAAAAUUUCUUUUUUGACAGAAAUUUUUAUAAAAGCCUUCGCCAUCAAUUAACUUUUAAGACUUGAGAAAAAACUAUUGUAUAAUUUUCACGGCAUGUUGAACUUUUUUUCAGAGGUCAGAAAAAAUUUGACAAGAGGGGGGUUAACUUUCUCGAUUUUUUUUCUGGAGGGGGGUUAACUCGGGGGUCCCCGGAGCGACUAGUUCAUGUAUGGGUAAAUUAUAAAAUGAAAUUAGAAAAUUAAAAAAAUCUAACAUUUAUUUUUUCAGGUCCAACUGCUUCAGGCCCUCGAGGUUCAACCAAUCCACCAGGAAAAACUGAUUCAGCAACUCGAGGUAAAUUAAAAAAUAAAAUUCGAAAAUUAAAAAAAUCUAAUCAUUCAUUUUUUCAGGUCCAACUGCUUCAGGUCCUCAAAGAUCAACCAAACCACCAGGAGAAACUGAUUCAGAAACUCGAGGUAAAUUAAAAAAUAAAAUUCGAAAAUUAAAAAAAUCUAAUCAUUCUUUUUUUCAGGUCCAACUGCUUCAGGCCCUCGAGGUUCAACCAAUCCACCAGGAAAAACUGAUUCAGCAACUCGAGGUAAAUUAUAAAAUGAAAUUCGAAAAUUUAAAAAAUCUAAUCAUUUAUUUUUUCCAGGUCCAACUCCUUCAGGAGGACCUGAAGGUUCAACCAAUCCACCAGGAAAAACUGAUUCAGCAACUCGAGGUAAAUUAUAAAAUGAAAUUAGAAAAUUAAAAAAAUCUAACAUUUAUUUUUUCAGGUCCAACUGCUUCAGGCCCUCGAGGUUCAACCAAUCCACCAGGAAAAACUCCUUCAGGUCCUCAAGGUAAAUUAUAAAAUGAAAUUAGAAAAUUAAAAAAAUCUAACAUUUAUUUUUUCAGGUCCAACUGCUUCAGGCCCUCGAGGUUCAACCAAACCACCAGGAGAAACUGAUUCAGAAACUCGAGGUAAAUUAAAAAAUAAAAUUCGAAAAUUAAAAAAAAUCUAAUCAUUCUUUUUUUCAGGUCCAACUGCUUCAGGUCCUCAAAGAUCAACCAAACCACCAGGAAAAACUGAUUCAGCAACUCGAGGUAAAUUAUAAAAUGAAAUUAGAAAAUUAAAAAAAUCUAACAUUUAUUUUUUCAGGUCCAACUGCUUCAGGCCCUCGAGGUUCAACCAAUCCACCAGGAAAAACUGAUUCAGCAACUCGAGGUAAAUUAUAAAAUGAAAUUAGAAAAUUAAAAAAAAUCUAACAUUUAUUUUUUCAGGUCCAACUGCUUCAGGCCCUCGAGGUUCAACCAAUCCACCAGGAAAAACUCCUUCAGGUCCUCAAGGUAAAUUAUAAAAUGAAAUUAGAAAAUUAAAAAAAUCUAACAUUUAUUUUUUCAGGUCCAACUGCUUCAGGCCCUCGAGGUUCAACCAAUCCACCAGGAAAAACUCCUUCAGGUCCUCAAGGUAAAUUAUAAAAUGAAAUUAGAAAAUUAAAAAAAUCUAACAUUUAUUUUUUCAGGUCCAACUGCUUCAGGCCCUCAAGGUUCAACCAAUCCACCAGGAAAAACUGAUUCAGCAACUCGAGGUAAAUUAUAAAAUGAAAUUAGAAAAUUAAAAAAUCUAAUCAUUUAUUUUUUCAGGUCCAACUGCUUCAGGCCCUCGAGGUUCAACCAAUCCACCAGGAAAAACUCCUUCAGGUCCUCAAGGUAAAUUAUAAAAUAAAAUUCGAAAAUUAAAAAAAAUCUAAUCAUUCAUUUUUUCAGGUCCAACUGCUUCAGGUCCUCAAGGAUCAACCAAUCCACCAGGAAAAACUGAUUCAGCAACUCGAGGUAAAUUAUAAAAUGAAAUUAGAAAAUUAAAAAAAAUCUAACAUUUAUUUUUUCAGGUCCAACUGCUUCAGGCCCUCGAGGUUCAACCAAUCCACCAGGAAAAACUCCUUCAGGUCCUCAAGGUAAAUUAUAAAAUGAAAUUAGAAAAUUAAAAAAAUCUAACAUUUAUUUUUUCAGGUCCAACUGCUUCAGGCCCUCGAGGUUCAACCAAUCCACCAGGAAAAACUCCUUCAGGUCCUCAAGGUAAAUUAUAAAAUGAAAUUAGAAAUUUAAAAAAAUCUAAUCAUUUAUUUUUUCAGGUCCAACUGCUUCAGGCCCUCAAGGUUCAACCAAUCCACCAGGAAAAACUGAUUCAGCAACUCGAGGUAAAUUAUAAAAUGAAAUUAGAAAAUUAAAAAAAUCUAACAUUUAUUUUUUCAGGUCCAACUGCUUCAGGCCCUCGAGGUUCAACCAAUCCACCAGGAAAAACUCCUUCAGGUCCUCAAGGUAAAUUAUAAAAUGAAAUUAGAAAAUUAAAAAAAUCUAAUCAUUUAUUUUUUCAGGUCCAACUGCUUCAGGCCCUCAAGGUUCAACCAAUCCACCAGGAAAAACUCCUUCAGGUCCUCAAGGUAAAUUAUAAAAUGAAAUUAGAAAAUUAAAAAAAUCUAAUCAUUUAUUUUUUCAGGUCCAACUGCUUCAGGCCCUCAAGGUUCAACCAAUCCACCAGGAAAAACUCCUUCAGGUCCUCAAGGUAAAUUAUAAAAUGAAAUUAGAAAAUUAAAAAAAAAUCUAACAUUUAUUUUUUCAGGUCCAACUGCUUCAGGCCCUCAAGGUUCAACCAAUCCACCAGGAAAAACUCCUUCAGGUCCUCAAGGUAAAUUAUAAAAUGAAAUUAGAAAAUUAAAAAAAUCUAACAUUUAUUUUUUCAGGUCCAACUGCUUCAGGCCCUCAAGGUUCAACCAAUCCACCAGGAAAAACUCCUUCAGGUCCUCAAGGUAAAUUAUAAAAUGAAAUUAGAAAAUUAAAAUUAAUCUAACAUUUAUUUUUUCAGGUCCAACUGCUUCAGGCCCUCAAGGUUCAACCAAUCCACCAGGAAAAACUCCUUCAGGUCCUCAAGGUAAAUUAUAAAAUGAAAUUAGAAAAUUAAAAAAAUCUAAUCAUUUAUUUUUUCAGGUCCAACUGCUUCAGGCCCUCAAGGUUCAACCAAUCCACCAGGAAAAACUCCUUCAGGUCCUCAAGGUAAAUUAUAAAAUGAAAUUAGAAAAUUAAAAAAAUCUAACAUUUAUUUUUUCAGGUCCAACUGCUUCAGGCCCUCGAGGUUCAACCAAUCCACCAGGAAAAACUCCUUCAGGUCCUCAAGGUAAAUAUAAAAUGAAAUUAGAAAAUUAAAAAAAUCUAACAUUUAUUUUUUCAGGUCCAACUGCUUCAGGCCCUCGAGGUUCAACCAAUCCACCAGGAAAAACUCCUUCAGGUCCUCAAGGUAAAUUAUAAAAUGAAAUUAGAAAAUUAAAAAAAUCUAACAUUUAUUUUUUCAGGUCCAACUGCUUCAGGCCCUCGAGGUUCAACCAAUCCACCAGGAAAAACUCCUUCAGGUCCUCAAGGUAAAUAUAAAAUGAAAUUAGAAAAUUAAAAAAAUCUAAUCAUUUAUUUUUUCAGGUCCAACUGCUUCAGGCCCUCAAGGUUCAACCAAUCCACCAGGAAAAACUCCUUCAGGUCCUCAAGGUAAAUUAUAAAAUGAAAUUAGAAAAUUAAAAAAAUCUAACAUUUAUUUUUUCAGGUCCAACUGCUUCAGGCCCUCAAGGUUCAACCAAUCCACCAGGAAAAACUGAUUCAGCAACUCGAGGUAAAUUAUAAAAUGAAAUUAGAAAAUUAAAAAAAUCUAACAUUUAUUUUUUCAGGUCCAACUGCUUCAGGCCCUCGAGGUUCAACCAAUCCACCAGGAAAAACUCCUUCAGGUCCUCAAGGUAAAUUAUAAAAUGAAAUUAGAAAAUUAAAAAAAUCUAACAUUUAUUUUUUCAGGUCCAACUGCUUCAGGCCCUCGAGGUUCAACCAAUCCACCAGGAAAAACUCCUUCAGGUCCUCAAGGUAAAUAUAAAAUGAAAUUAGAAAAUUAAAAAAUCUAACAUUUAUUUUUUCAGGUCCAACUGCUUCAGGCCCUCGAGGUUCAACCAAUCCACCAGGAAAAACUCCUUCAGGUCCUCAAGGUAAAUUAUAAAAUGAAAUUAGAAAAUUAAAAAAAAUCUAACAUUUAUUUUUUCAGGUCCAACUGCUUCAGGCCCUCAAGGUUCAACCAAUCCACCAGGAAAAACUCCUUCAGGUCCUCAAGGUAAAUAUAAAAUGAAAUUAGAAAAUUAAAAUUAAUCUAACAUUUAUUUUUUCAGGUCCAACUGCUUCAGGCCCUCAAGGUUCAACCAAUCCACCAGGAAAAACUCCUUCAGGUCCUCAAGGUAAAUUAUAAAAUGAAAUUAGAAAAUUAAAAAAAUCUAACAUUUAUUUUUUCAGGUCCAACUGCUUCAGGCCCUCGAGGUUCAACCAAUCCACCAGGAAAAACUCCUUCAGGUCCUCAAGGUAAAUAUAAAAUGAAAUUAGAAAAUUAAAAAAUCUAACAUUUAUUUUUUCAGGUCCAACUGCUUCAGGCCCUCGAGGUUCAACCAAUCCACCAGGAAAAACUCCUUCAGGUCCUCAAGGUAAAUUAUAAAAUGAAAUUAGAAAAUUAAAAAAAUCUAACAUUUAUUUUUUCAGGUCCAACUGCUUCAGGCCCUCAAGGUUCAACCAAUCCACCAGGAAAAACUCCUUCAGGUCCUCAAGGUAAAUAUAAAAUGAAAUUAGAAAAUUAAAAUUAAUCUAACAUUUAUUUUUUCAGGUCCAACUGCUUCAGGCCCUCAAGGUUCAACCAAUCCACCAGGAAAAACUGAUUCAGCAACUCGAGGUAAAUUAUAAAAUGAAAUUAGAAAAUUAAAAAAAUCUAACAUUUAUUUUUUCAGGUCCAACUGCUUCAGGCCCUCGAGGUUCAACAAAUGGACCACCAGGCCCUGAUCCACCUCGACCACCAACUCCUCAAUCACCAGAUCGCACAACAACGCCAUCCACAGGUACAGUUAUAGUUGAAUCCCGGAAAUCCCAAAACAUACUUAGAAAUACCCGUAUAAAUUGAUUGACUAAAUUUGAAAAUUCGGCGUUAGAUAUAUUUGGGCAAAUAAUGAAUGGGACCCCAAAUGGGACCCCAAAUGACUGAAUGGGACCCCAUGCUGAAUGGGACCCCGGUGUUUAAAAAUCGUCGUGAUGAAUGGGACCCCAAAAUAAUAAAAUGGGACCACAGCUUUUUUUUGAAUUGUCUGAAUGGGACCCCGCAAAAAAAGGGACCCCGUUGAAUUUUUGUAUUAGUACGAAUGGGACCCCACUGAAAUUUUAUACUGAAAGGGAUACAAAAUUUGAAGCCUAAGCCUAGGCUAAAAAUCCUAACUAAGCCUAAGCGUAAAACCCUAACUAAGCAUAAGCCUAAAGGCCUAACUAACCCUAAGCCUAAAAUCCUAACAAAGUCUAAACCUGAAAUCCUAACAAAGACCUAAAACCCUGACUAAGCCUAAGCCUAAAGGCCUAACUAAGUCUAAGCCUGAAAUCCUAACUAAGCCUAAGCCUAUGCCUCACCCCAGUGCUGAGGAUACGUCUAAGUUUAAGCCUACCUGUGGUCCCAUUCUGAAGAAAUUUCAAUGGGGUCCCAUUCAUACUCAUACAAAAAUUCAACGGGGUCCCUUUUUUUGCGGGGUCCCAUUCAGACAAUUCAAAAAAAUGCUGUGGUCCCAUUUUAUUAUUUUGGGGUCCCAUUCAUCACGACGAUUUUUAAACACCGGGGUCCCAUUCAGCAUGGGGUCCCAUUCAGUCAUUUGGGGUCCCAUUUGGGGUCCCAUUCAUUAUUUACCAUAUUUUUGGCGAGAAUUGUAUUUCAAAUUUUCUUGCUUGAAAUGGAUCGUUCAUAUCAUUUUCCAGAUUCUCCCAAAACUGAAAAAUGCCCUGGUGGAGAAAUUCCAGACUCUGUGCCAUGUUCCAGCUCUCAAUAUCCCUAUUUAUUCAAAAAUGGUGUGCUCAAAUGUUGCGGUAAAUAUUUUCGUUUUUGGAAAACGGAGACAUUUUCAAACAGAGAAAUAAUUAAAAUUUCAGACCUCAAAAAAUUGAUGUGCGAAAAUGGAGAAUAUCCUACGAAUCUACCGUGUUCUGCUACUCAAUAUCCGGAAUAUUUCAAGGAUCUUGUGAUAUUAUGUUGUGGUUAGUUGGAGAGGGAAAAAGAUAAGGCGAAAAUGUGACCUCAUCUUGAAUGUUCCACGAAACGUAAAAUAAACGUAAAAAAUGGAAACGCGAAAAAAUAAUUUUUUGAAAAAAGUAUAUACCGUAGUUCUUUUUCGUUGCGACGAGACUCACACCUUUCAAAAAUCAAUGCGCCUUCUAUUCACAACGAAGAAAGGCGGUUUUUGUGUGUUUUGGUGGCUAUUACUGGUCAAAACGAGAACAAGUGAAUUAAAACCAAUUCAGAGAUGUAUUUGCUCGAUUUUCGUAAUUUUUAUCCGAAAAAUAGGGUUUUCCUAAAGAAAAAUUGAUUUUUUAUUUCUUUCUUUAGCUUUAGACCAUCUCCAUUCUCUGAUUUGUUAUCAACUCAGUUGAUUUCUGAUUUUUUCAUGCAGAAACAUCUAAAACCUCGAAGGAGAAAAGAACUGCGUUAGUAUAUAUUUUUCCAAAAUAAUUUUUUCGCGUUUCCAUUUUUUUACAUUUAUAAUACUAAAACUUAUGUCAUACGUGUUUUGUAAAAUUCCUCGGAGGUUAUAUUAUUCUUGAUUUCCGAUUAGAAAACCUUAUGUAAAAUUUUGAUACUUUGCUAUUGUUUCCUUUGAAAGCGUUAAAAAUAUGUUUUUGAAGAAUCGAAUUCUGGACCUCAAUCACCAAAUCCUCCAACACCACCACCUCCUACACCGCCACCACAAGGUACACUAAAGUUUAAAACGUCGAGAGCUUCAAACAUUUUCAUGUUCCAGAAAAAUGCCCUGGUGGAGAUGAUCCAAAAUUUGUGCCAUGUUCUAGCUCUCAAUAUCACUAUAUAUUCAAGAAUGGUUUAGUGAAAUGUUGCGGUAAGUUUUUAUUUUACAAUCUUUGAAAUAAUUAAAUGUUUCAUCAGAUCUCAAAAAGACUCAAAUGCGAAAAUGGAGAACAUCCAACAAAUCUACCGUGUUCUUCGAUUCAAUAUCAAGAACAUAUUCUUCGUGUGUUAUUAUGUUGUGGUUAGUUAAAUUGAAUAUUUGGAAUAGUAAACCUUCUAGAGUAUUUUUCGAUUAGUUUUUUGAAAAAAAAUUAAGAGAAAAAUACCACGGAGGGUUUUUUAUCCCAAAUUGGCUGAAAAUGAGAAUUUUUGAAGAGCCGAAUGAACCACAACAAGCACCGUCGCCAGCAACAAUUGGGCCUGAACCUGGAACUGAACGGCCAAAUCCUCGAACAACAAUUAGACGAACACCGACAACGUCAAAAACAACUGGUCGACCACGACAUGAACCUCCAAAAAUAACUAUUUGGCCUAGACCUGAACCGACGAAUCCUCCACCACCAUAUCCUCCUACAGAAGGACCUCCGUCACCCACAGGUACACUAAAGUUUUGAAGCUUGGAGAUAAAAUGAAUUUUUAGAUGAUCCAGAACCGCCAAAUCCACCGCAACCACCAACUAGUGGACCACCUGGACCUGUAACUAAACCACCGAAUCCUCCUCAACCGCCAACUAGUGGACCUGGACCUGUAACUAAACCACCGAUUCCCACACCACCAACUAUAGGACCUCCGAAACCUCCAAAAACAACUGAUGGACCUCCGAAUCCUCCUACAGAAACAACUGAUGGACCUCCGAAACCUCCUCGACCUCCCACAGGUACACAAUGAAGCUUGAAAAUUCGAAAUUAUAACAUUUUUUUUGUAGAUCUGCCACAGAAAACUUCUGCAACAAAUCGACCAACAGAAGAUCCGGAUGAACAGAAGACAACCAGAAAAGGCAAUGAGCAAACAACAGCAACAACCAAAAAACGAGAUGAUGAAACAACAACAACAACUGAAGAAUGUGAAGAUGAAACUACUACCAUCAAAAGAUCGGACGAAGAAACCACGACUGAAGAACCAUGUGAUGAAACAACAACAGAAAAACCAGAGGAUCAAACGACGACAGAAGAACCAUGCGAGGAGGAAACUACAACGGAGGAAUUGUGUGAUGAAGAGACUACAACUGCAGUAAUGACAACUGAAGAACUUUGUGAUGAAGAACAAACUACAACUGAGGAACCGUGUGAAGAAACCACAAUUGAAGAAGAUGGUGAGGAAUCCAAAUUUUGGGAAAUUUUCCACGCCAUAAAUUCUGUUUUUCGACCACGCCGCACAGCCGCACGCGACUAACGAAUUAAUGUUUUUUUUUUCAUUCAGCUCUGCGCUAGUUUUUAUUUUUUGCGCCAGCCACAUUUUUCAACUUCGACAAUAUCUAGACAAAUUAAGUAUUCGAAACUGAUAAAAACCCUAACUUUUUGCAGAUUACGAUGAUGAUGGUGUUAUUGUAAUUGAAGAGUACAAAUUCAACCUCUCCAUUCCUGAUAUUCCAAUAUUUAAACCUGAACCAGAGAAAAAUAGCACAGUACUUGAUGAAUUACCUGUCGCAAGAUUAUUGUAUAUCUUCAUUCAUGAUCAAGAUUCAAAUUAUCAAGUGCAACAAAAUAUUUGGGAUCUUUUGAAAGUCAUUGCGUGUAGAUUGACAGGAGAUAGUGCAGUUAUAGAUCCACAUAAUGGUCCGAGUUCGAUAGAAAUUAUGCAAAGAACGAGAGAAGAAAUUGAGAUUCGAAAGGAGAAUGGUACGAUUUUAUUGAUACGUCUUCUUCUUGAUUAUUUUUAAUUAAUUAGUAUAUUUAUUUUAGGCAAUAACAAGGAGGAUAGCAAAUGUGAAAGAAUUGAUAUAACUCUGAAAAUUCUUGGAAAUAUGCUGAAAAAAUGGAGCAAAAAUUAUGAGAUUAUUGAAAUUAUCAUACCAAUUGCUGAUACUAGAUUGCUCCAGGAAUUGAAUGAAAAUUUCACGAAAAAUUCGACAAUUACUGAGAUUUUUGAGACAAAUACGGAUUAUUGUGAUUGGAAUUUGAAAUUGAAUAAUUGGAAAACGAAUUUGGAUGAGGAUAUUUUGAACAAACUUGAAUUCUUCCCAAUUCCAUUGGUUAUUGAGAUACGUCUGACGAGAGUUGUUUUGUCUAUGAAAAUUGUGAAUUCGGAAGAGGAAAAUAUUGUGUUGGGUGAAAUUGAGAGGACUGAAAUAAAAGAGAACGAUUUGGAUGUGAACGAGGCUGGUGUGCCACCGGAUUAUGGUGGAUUUUGGGAGGGAACUUAUCAGAAUUCGUAUGAUCCGAAUAAGCCGAGAGGUGGAACGUGUAAAGUGUUGCCGAAGAAGGUUAGAGUCGAGUGAGUGUUUUUUUUUUGCGAAAUUUCUGCACCAAAAAUCUGGUGAUUCCAAAAAAAUAGAAAAAAACAGGUCUAUGUGUCUUUUGGCUUGAAAUCCACGUUGCAAAUAAUUCUUACAAUUUUAAUGUAUGAUCUACAGAAACCUUGGGAUUUUUGGCGCAACUUGAGCCCUUAAAUCUCCUGUAAAAUCGAUUCACAUUUUUCAGAAUCGAAAGACGUGUGAAUCAAACAUAUAUUAUCCGAAGAUAUAAUUAUACCAGAACUAUUUAUGUGGAAGAAAAACUUGUUCAAGUGAAAAAAGAAACUUGGAACAUCGAAAUAUAUCUGAUAAUUAUAAUUGUUAUUUUGGUAUUAUUGAUGAUUUGCAUUGGAAUGUGCUGUUUCUAUUGUUGUUGUUGUGGACCGAUUGCUGUAAUUCGACAAAAGAAAAAGGAUAAGAAAAAAAAGAAAAAGAAUAAAGAGGAAUCUGGAACACCUGGAUCUAAAGGAACUACUACUGGAAGUACAGAUAUUGGAACUCCGAAAAAUAAAAAGAAAAAAGGAUCAAAAAGUGGAAGUCGAAAAAAGAAGAUUGCUGAAAAGUUAGCGCCAUUCUUCAAUCCGAAAUAUUAUAGAUUUUCGAGACCAAAAAGUGAAGAUGAAGAUACGGGAACUCCUAGAAUGAGAAAGAAGAAGAAGGAAAAGAAGAAGAAAGUUAGAUCAGGAUCUAGAACUUUUACUUCAACUGGAACACCGCAAACUUCAACUGGAACACCACUAACUGCAACUGGCACUCCGCAAACUGUAUCUGGAACUCCACAAACUUCAAUUGGUACACCGCAAACUACAACUGUACCCUCAAAAACUAGAACUGCAACACCAAAAGCCGUCUCAAAACCAAAACCAAACUCAAAAACACGAACUAAAACUCCAACUCGAAAUAAAGGAACCCCGAAAAUGAAAUAUACGAAGAAAACUCAACUUGGAAAAUCGAAGUCCAGUUUUUCGAAACCGAAAAAUGAUACGAAGGGAUAUUCGAAGGAUAAAUUUGCUAACAAGAAAAAUAAGAAAAAAUAA